AUGGCCUCAGGCUACAUCUCCGACGAAUCGAUGUCCAACUCGCUCCUGUCCGAUGGAUCCGAGCUCAGCGACACCGAGACGGUUCUACUGCUCAGCCAAUCCUUGGGCUCGGAACACGAAGAGAGUGAUGGUACCCAACUUGAAGUCGCGCCGCCAACUGAAGAUGCCCACUCUACUGGCCUCGCCGUCGCCAAUUCUGGAUCAGGGACUAUCCAUUAUGGUGGCUACUCGUACGCCCAAUACCACUUCAACCCUCGAACCGACACCAGGCGCUAUCGAUGCAGCGCCUACCGCCGAACAAAUUGCAAGGCGAAAUUCUACGUGAGUGGCCGUGGCGCUGUGGAGGAUGGAGCACGAGCCCGCUUGUGUACCUGGUUUCUGUCGAACCUCGACUGGACCGGCCCCUGCUGUUACCGACCGAAAAGAGGGGAUGCUGCUGAUGACGGACACAAUUUGGAUCGUAUGAAGCAGCGGCAAAGUUCAGUCUUCAUCGACUCAACUUAUCGUUGGGUGCCUGCUCCAUUCUACCAGUUGGAGAUUGUGAUGCUCUACGAUUUGAUUUCGGAGCUCUUUUUGCCAAUUUGGUACGUCCUUACGACCGGGAAAACGGCUCAGGUGUACGAUCGCCCGUUUCACAACAUUUACGUCGGGGCAAGGCAGAAAAUCUUUCCAGCGCAUGUUGUGUGCGACUUCGAGUUCGCCAUGAUCACGUCUGUCCAGAACCAGUUUCCAGAAUCCCGAAUUGUUGGCUGCCUAUUUCACUCCAAGCAAGCGCUCCGUCGGAAGAUGAUGAAGUUGAAGAUCACGGAAGAUGAAGUGGACUUGACCAUGCGGGAGGGCUGCAUUGACCGCUGA